UGUAGGUUGAGGACACGACUAUGAAGGCGCGUCAUACAGAUCCGACAACCCUUUCUUCAUCCUCGACAUGUUCAAUCUCAGGUCCAUCGACGUCGAUAUAGACACCGAGACGGCGUCGGUUCAAGCCGGAGCAACUCUCGGCGAGGUCUAUUAUAGAAUAGCAGAGAAGAGCAAAAUCCAUGGCUUCCCAGCUGGGGUCUGUCCCACAGUUGGUGUCGGAGGACAUAUUAGUGGCGCUGGGUAUGGGAAUCUGAUGAGAAAAUAUGGUACGUCGGCGGACAACGUUGCCGAUGCACAAAUAGUCGAUGUUCAUGGAAGAUUACUUGAUAGAAAAUCUAUGGGCGAAGAUCUUUUCUGGGCCAUUACAGGUGGUGGAGGAGCUAGUUUCGGAGUUGUAAUCUCGUACAAAUUGAAGCUCGUACGAGUCCCCGAGGUUGUCACUGUGUUCGAAGUUGCUAGGACAUUAGAACAAAAUGCCACGGAUAUAUCAUACAAGUGGCAACAUGUUGCUCCAAGUAUUGAUAAUGACCUUUUCAUCAGGGUUAUUAUUGAAGUGAUUAAUGCUAGUGAAAAUGGUAAGAACAAGACUGUGAGGAUUACAUUCAUAGCCUUGUUCCUUGGGGACUCCGAAAGGCUUCUUUCUCUUAUGAACCAGAGCUUUCCCGAACUGGGUUUGAAGCAAUCGGACUGUAUAGAAACAAGUUGGCUUAGAUCGGUGUUGUUUUGGGCGAACAUUAAUAUUACAAAGCCUUUGGACAUUUUACUUGAUAGGACACCUCAGUUAGUAUAUUACUUGAAAAGGAAGUCUGAUUACGUUAAGGAACCUAUUAGCAAAGAAGGUUUUGAACAGAUUUGGAAGAAGAUGAUUGAGUUGAAGGACGCUGUUAUGUACUUUAAUCCUUAUGGUGGACGAAUGGCUGAGAUUCCAGCCACUGCAAUUCCUUUCCCUCAUCGAGCUGGGUACCUAUGGAAGAUACAAUAUCAAGGGAACUGGCAUGAGGCAGGGAAAGAGGUAGAAGAUUAUUACGUAGAACUAACAAGAAAACUCCAUGACUUCAUGACUGACUAUGUUUCGAAGAGGCCUCGAGCAGCAUACCUGAACUAUAAGGAUCUUGACUUGGGAAUCAACCACCAUGCUGAAAGUUGCUACCAAGAAGGUAGAGUUUAUGGUGUGAAUUACUUCAUGGACAACUUCCAUAGGUUGGUUCGAAUUAAAACCAAAGUUGAUCCUUUCAAUUUCUUUCGAAAUGAACAAAGCAUCCCUGUACUACUCUGAUACCAAACAGUUUCAUAUAUGAUUUCGAAAAUUAAGAGUGUCAUAAGGCUAUGAAAACUAAACAUCAUUCAGUAAAAGUGGGGGCUAAAGCAUUAGACACCUCAUAUUGAUUU